UAAACAUCAAUAUUUAUGUUGCGGAAUUUAAUCUUUUAAAGUGAUUAUUCUGAAAGUCUUAUCGUGCUUAUAAUGCGCUUAUACGAUCAGGAGACAUUUGAAAAAGCAGUUGAAGUAAUUGCCUACAUGGCCAUGCGAACUCUGUAAUGAGAUAUAGAUUUUAUUAUAAUCAAUUGGUUUUAUUAACAGGAUUAUUAAUCAUGUUGCACUUGUCAACAGUAUGGUUAAUUGAAUCACGAAUCGGAUUCUUUAAAUGCUAAUAUAAAGUGUAAUCAAUUUAUAAGAUUACAAAUGCAAUAAGAGACUUGGUAUCGAUCAGGUAACACUUUCGAGUGUACAAUACAAUAUCGGUUGCUUGUGAAUUGAUUAACAUGGGCAGUGAUUUGAUUCCUGAUAUAUCGUCACAUUUUACCUGCAAUACACCGGUAAACAACUGACAUAUUUGUCAACUUCUGGGGCAACCUCAGAUUAAUUGUGGAAAGUCAACUUUCAGUGAACCUAUUGUGAAAAUCAAAUAGUUAACCACAGCUGCAGAUUAAGUGGUAACUCACUUUCUUAUGCGCAAGUGGUAAGCUACUGGUCAAAGAUUCAAGCUUCAGGUGCUGGUCCGGAUAAGAAGAAUAUUAAUAUACACUAGAACUAGUGCUGUUGUCGUAACAACAUGACGGCCGUACAUUCCUCAGUGCAUCCAAAUUCAACGAAAUUACCAUGGGGUACCAUUUUAAAGCCAGAGUUUGGAUUAGGUUACCAGAAAAUGAAUGAAUAUGAGAUAGACCAGACAGUAAACAGGCUAAGCCAGCUUCCUGAACGUAGAAAUAGGUCUUAUACACGUCUAGGUAAAACGAUGGACCAAGAUGAAAUUAAUGAAAUGCUUGAACGUUUAACCAAGGUGAAAAAAGAGAAAAUUCCUGAUCAUGAUAGACGGUUUAUGACGUCCUCUUACAGACAAAUGGGUGUUGUCAAUUCUUUUGCAUGGAAAGGAUACAACUGAUAAGCCUUCUGAUCAGAUAUAUCCUCGCAAAAAUAAAUUCCCUUGUGGUUAUUAAUUGCUUUGUUUAACACAUUUUUCCCUUGCAAAUGCAAAAUCUGGUUUUGAGAGUCUGUAGAGAGUUUUUAGAAUGCCAGGUUACUGACUAAUGAAAUUUCAAAUUGUUAUUCUCAUGUUAGAUAUGCAACUUUCAACAAACGGCUUGUAAAAUGAUGAAAUGGUUUACACUUAAUAUUAUGAACGAGAUAUUGAUAAUCCCAGUACAAGAUUAAUCUUUUCCUGUCUAUAUCUACACGCAAGUGUACAAGAAAACGUUCCGCGCGUAACUGUUUAAAGUUCCAUAAGGCUUAAUCUUUUGUAUCAAAAUCAGACGAAGCAUCUGUCAAAUAAGAUUUACACAUAAUUACAUGGUUAGGAUAACACUACUUUAAUUAUUGCACAUGAACUUUUUCCAUUAGAACCAUAAAAGGAAGUAAUAAAAACAAUGACUUCGAUAAAA